AUGUCAGCGGAUCUAUGUGGACCCUUCCCUGCUGGUCGUGACCUUGGCACUGGAGUGACCUGUAAGUAUGCACUGAUCUCCACUGUGGCCGUGCCUAUCGUUUCAGAGCUUCCAGGCGAGGUUGCCGAGCCCUAUGACACUGCAGACGACGUCAAGCACACUGAGGACCUGCCCUGUGAUCCUGAAGAGCGAGAGAUGCUCUCUGAUGAUGAAGUUCAGCGGCUCAAUGAGUUGGCCCAGAUUGAAGAGGCCCAAGAAGCUCCUGGACACCAAAAUAUCACGUUUGCUGAGGUGAUCCCAGACAGAACUGUGGAGUCUUUGGUCCGUGCCCUUUCUCGACUACAUGCCAAGUACCGCAUGCUGGGCAUCCAAGUGUACCGCCUCCACACAGAUCGAGAACGAUCGUUUGCCUCAGUCCCAAUUCAAAAAUGGUGUGAACAACGUCAACUUCGAUUGACUCUGACUGCAGGCGAUGACUCGAAGGCCAACGGCCGCAUUGAGGGAGAAGUGAACCAGAUCAAGCGCCGAACCCGACUUCUUUUACAUGAUUCUGGACUUCCUCAAUCCCUCUGGCCAACAGCCCUACGCCAUGCUGCAGAAGGCCGUGUGCGCCUACAACUUGAAAGAUUGGGCCUGCCGAGCCCACCAAUGCUUCGCUAUGGAGCUUCAGUUUUGGUUAAGUCCAAACGCUGGCAUCGCGCUGGACAACUUUCCAUGCCCUACCGCACCAUGCAGCUCCUGGGACCAUGCCCAUACAUGUCUCAUGGUUGGAUUGCCCGCGACAGAAAGGGGCAGCUGCUGCAUGUGAGGACGGCUUUGGAACCUUCGCCGGUUGCUGACCAGGCGAUCAUGGAUUUGCAGGAGGUGCCAUCAAUCAAGCACCGCAUUGUGGGGAAACAUCAACCACCUCUACCUGACCAUCCUCUUGCUGGAGCCGUGGGCGCCUUGUAUGAUAAGUCUGACCCAGCUCUUGCUGCUUGCCGAGCUGGGGGGGAGGAUCCUUUGCCCUUUUUGGACGAGGUUGGCUGCUCCUUGGCACUUCAAUUUGAGGAUGAAGGGGAUUCGGAGGAGGUUGUUGGAGGUCCCACUCCCGAUAGUCUUGAUCAAGGUGAUCAAUGUCAACACCCUGACCUUCCGGGGGAGCUGGAAGAUCCUAUGUGCUGCUCACGACAACAGGCAGAGCAGUGGCAUGAACUUGAACAACAACGUCACUGGGCUUUAAAGCAGCUCUGGUGCCAAGGUCUUCGAGAAGUUGCAGUUGGCGAGGACGCUGGGAGUGUUCAUGGCAGCUGGCUUCGUGAAGUUGAAUUGCUGCUCCGAGGUGCUGAAGAUCAAUUGUCGUUUCAGCAUUCCUCCUUGCAGAACUACAAGAUGGCUUCACUGGCUCCAAUGGCUGGUUCAACUGAGGUCCCAGUCACGGUGCUCCAGACCUACACGGUCUCACUACAGCAGGUCCGCAAGGAGUUGGAAAAAUGGAAGCCUUCCUUGCGUGAUGAAUAUGGUCAAUUGGUCUCAUCGACCCAGGCAAUCAAGCCAACUACUGAAGAAAGGGUGCUCGUCGAAGCUGGAAUAUGUCCUCCCACCGAACUUUGGGAGAUAUCCCACGCUGUUUACGGGUUGAACGAUGCCCCGGCAAACUGGUCGCACUAUCGCGACAGAGAACUCCCUCAGCUACGCUUCAAGGCUGAAGGUCACGAGUACCAAUUGGUCACCACGCCCGAGCCUAACCUCUGGAAGAUUGUCAAGGCUUGGCCCAACAGCAUCCCUGAGGAGGACACGUCGGAGGGCUUCUUGGCAGUGUACGUUGAUGAUAUGCUGGUUGCUGCUCCAAGUCCACUGGCUCAGGCAGUCAUCCUGAACCAGACCUCCUACACUCGAGAUCUCCUUGCACGCCACGAAGGCUCCCGUGCGGCCGUGUUCGAACCUCGCUGCCAUGGACAUGGUGUGCGCCUUGCUGCUAUGCGCGCUGAGCCCAGCACUGAGUCCGGAACAUGGACGGUGGCUGGACCUCAUGACAUGAGUGGCCGCAAUUCCGACUUCCUCCACAAGGACGAGAUCGAUACGCCAUUCGACGCGGCUCAAAUCCGCGGUGGACGGGUUACUGUGGUAUGGCUGCAUGGCGAGAAGUCGGUGGUGGAGGAUGACUGGCGCAGUGGCACCAGGCCUAUGGUUCCGACAGAGGAGCAGUGGGUGGGCUACAGUUUUUUCCGUGACAACCCACCUCAACCUCCGCUGCCUGAACAUGCCACCUUGGAUUCACAAACGAGCUCUUCAACCCCUGCUGGCCAGACGACGGGAAGCUCCUCGACACCGACGCCACCUGGACAGUCGCUUUCGACUUCGCAGGUCAGUGCGUCAUCGGGGCCUCCACCGGUUCAACCAGAAGAGGAGCUGCUGAGAGGAAUCAGGAGGGUUCGAAGAGGCUCAACAGAUAGCUCCACAGGAACACCAACGAGCACCUUGUCCUCGACGAUGACGGCAUCGACUCGCGGCAUGGAUGCUAUGGAAGCACCUCUCACUCUCGGCUACCUUGGCCGGAUGAGGGGACAGGAGAAUCGAGGAGAGAGGCCUGCGCCAGCCAACAUGCAGGUUCCUCUUGAGGAAGAGCGGUCGGAUUGGAUCCUCUCGCUCCACUCCGAAGGUUUGCUGCUUGCCCGGCAUCCCAAUUUGCCGGAUGAAGCGACGCCUCAAUGGUUGGGCAUACAAAUGCCUGUGGCUCGGAGCUCGCGCCCUGCCGGCGCUGGACGACCAAGUGAGGCCUCCAGGCCCACGGCUCGAAGUGAGGGCACCAGGCCCGCUGCCCGAAGUAGCCAGGGUCCCAUGCCCAUCAACGAGGAGUGGGAUUCUGAUGGAAGCUAUGAGCUUCUAGAGAACUGA